UCAAAAUUUUCUUGUUUUUAAAACAUUUUAAAUUUCCUAAUUGGUCUUCACAUGUACUAGGCUAUUUGAGAUUGUUCCGAUUCACAUUACAGAAAAUUCGUUACAAUGAGAAAGUGGAAAAAUACAUUCGAGAAAUUAGUCAAAGAGCAUUUUAAGGAUCAGCGGAAAGUGGAUCGAUUGAAACGCAAGUUACAUCAGCUAAUGGAACGACAUACACAGUUGGAUCUGUUUGUGGAUGUUACGCAGCAAAAGAACAGUUAUUGGAAACGCAGAAAAUUGGCCGCCCAACUUCUUUCGCGGCUUGAAAGAAUUGAACGCGCCAGAAAGGGGAAGCUUGCACCAGAAACAAAAAGUAAACUGCAAAAACUACGCAAGCAUAUUCCAAACACUUCCUUAAAGUCCCGUAUUAAGCUAAUGGAACUUGUGUCAUGUAAACCCAAUUUCGAGGGAUACUCCAAAUCGAGCAACAUUUCCAUUCGCCGUUGGGGACCAAAAAAAAUGCAACAGCUAAUGCAUCAGGUACUUGAAAAUGAGCACAAAUUGGAGAGUACGAAUGCUGAGAUCAUGACAUUCAUAAGUGAUAUAGGCGAGAUGCUGGCCAGUCUGAAUGCUCUAAAACAUACCAAAGCAAAGGCCAACUUGGAGCCGUUUGUGGAGCGCAGAAAUCGUUUCAAAGCCAUUGCAACAAGGCACCAAAAUAUUUAUGUCAAUUGAUACCAAGAUAAUUCAUUUAUUAAUAAUUAGU